AAACAAAAGACACACGUGAGGUUAAGCGUUUUUGAAGUUUUCAAUUCUCCUGAAAUUGAAAGUGUUAAAAACGAAUACAAAAGACUAGAAAAGUGUAAAAAUUUGCAUAAAUUUUCAACGAUUUCAUAAACUAAUUCAAAAUUGCAAAAGUUUUGUGACAAAAACUUAGAAAGAAAAACAAAAUCUAUAUCAAAAGUGAUUUGCACAAAUUAUGUUUGAGACGCAUUAAGUUCUCUAAAGUGUUAAAUUGUGUUUGAAAAUACGUACAAGUUUCAUUAAGAAAAAGCAAAAUGCGUCCGUUUGGCAACGAUAUCACAAACCUGGCUAACAGCAAUGGUAGUAGCAAUGGUGGCGGGAACAACAAUAACAACAAUAAUAAUAAUAAUAGUAAUAAUAAUAAUGUUAGUCAUACUGAAAAUGAGUUUGAAGAGAGUGGUGUACACAUAACCGACGAUCCGCGUGUGCCGCCCCACAUUGCUCGCAUGGGUGGCAUAGUGACUUGUUCACCGAUUGCUGGACGUGGUGUUAUACGAGUGGUUGGCCGCUGUGAGGAUGCCAAAGAGAAUAACAUGUUAGAUUUAUCGGACUGCCAAUUAAUGCAGAUUCCUGAUGCAGUAUAUCAUUUGAUGCGAAAUACUCAACUAAAGACCUGCGAUCUUAGUAGCAAUGUGAUCAAAAAUAUAUCACCAAAAUUUGCCUUGAAAUUUAAUUUAAUCACAGAUCUCAACCUAUCUCACAACCAAAUGACCAAACUUCCCGAUGAAUUAGCGGAUUUAAAUGCUUUAGCACGCUUGAAUAUUUCCCACAAUUCGUUUAUUGUUCUGCCACCAGUUGUGUUUAAAAUGCCAAAACUGCGUGAGUUGGACGCCAGUAAUAAUGCCAUCAUAGAAAUCGAUACUGAAGAGAUGAUCACAAGUGACAAUUUAGAACUGGUUGAUUUACGAUACAACCCAUUGGGUCGCAUCUGCCAUCGAAAAUUGAAAAAUGUCAACACACCAUUUCGCAUUGAAAUAUCUCAGUAUAAUGAAGAUGACGAUUGGUAGGCUGUAGAGAGAAAAUUCCCUCUAAUACUUUUGUACAAUAGCUUAAAUUUGUACGAGGCAUUCAUUUAGAUUAUGUAGUUCAUAGAAUUGUAAAUUAAGUUAGAAAUUCUUAAAUUAUUUUACAUAUGCAGACAUAUAUAUAUAUGCACCGUAAAAGAUCAAUUCGGUCUGAACUAGAAAGCACUUACAUAUAGUGUAAUUAACUAACAGAGACCGUUUUUAUUUGUAAAUGUUUAAUUGAUCGCUUUAACAGCUAUCACUCACUCAAGUGCCUUUUAAAUACUUGUUAAAAAAAUUUAUUCCCGUUUCUGCUUAACCAGCGAAACGAUGCCCUUUCGAUUUGUUAAUAUGAAAAAUAAACUUACCGAAAUAA